AUGUUGGCGAAAAAUCGACUAAGUCUUUCAUCCAAUUCUCAAUGGAAUCCAAAUGGAAAAAAUCUCGUUGGUUUAUUUAUUGAUGAAAACAAUACAAUAUACAUAUCAAAUGAACAAAUUUUGAUUUUUGUUCAAGGAAAUGUGAGUUUGGUUGGAAAUGUUUCGAUGAACUGGAAGAAUACUUCAAGUUUAUUCGUGACAAACGAAGAGAAGAUCUAUGUUGCUACAUUUCAUUCAUCAAAUGUGAAUGAAAUCGAAGUGAAUUCAUCAUCAUCGAUAGUCAAUUCGAUUUCACGAAUGAAAUUUUGUGAACAAUGUUUUGAUAUUUUUAUCAUUUCCAAGUCAUUACUCCAUCAAUGGGACUAUCCGUCAACUGUAGCAGGAACAGGAAGUGAAGGAUCAACAUCAAUAACGCUCCGGAAUCCUCGCGGAAUAUUUCUUGAUGAAAACAAUGCAGAUUUAUUUGUUGUUGAUUGUGGAAACAAUCGAAUACAGAAAUUCCAUUUGGGUUCAUUUGAAGGCGAAACAAUUAUUUCGAAUCAAACAUUUCCAUUGAACUGUCCAAGUGAAAUCACAUUGGAUAAUCAAGGUUUUGUAUUUGUUGUUGAUUCCAGCAAUAACUGA